CAACACAAUCACAUCACUCUAACCAAACAGCUAGCUAGGCCACAGAAAAAGAAAAGGAAAAAAUGAUACCGGCAUGCAUUCAUCACCUCACAACCCAACCAUCUUGGCUUCUCUUUCUCUCAUUCAUAGGUUUUCUUUCCUUUCUCAAACACUCAAUCUCUAUUCUCAAAUGGGUCUUCAUCACAUUUCUCAGACCCCCAAAAAACCUCAAGAAAUAUGGUUCAUGGGCUCUUGUCACUGGUGCCACCGAUGGCAUUGGAAAAGCCUUUGCUCGCCAACUUGCCCGGAAAGGCCUAAACCUAAUAAUCGUCAGCCGAAACUACGAUAAGCUCAGAACUGUUUCAAAGGAAAUUCAAGCUGAUUUUCCAUACACCCAGAUAAAGAUUAUUCCUUUAGAUUUCUCUGGCAACAUCUCAGCUGGUGUUCGUCUUAUAGAGGAUGAGAUCAAAGGGUUGGACGUUGGCAUUUUGAUAAACAAUGUGGGGAUAACUUACCCUUCAGCGAUGUAUUUUCAUGAGGUGGAUGAGAAGGUGUGGAUGAACAUUGUUAAGGUGAAUUUAGAAGGGACUACUAUGGUUACAAAAGCUGUCCUGUCAGGGAUGAUUCAAAGGAAGAGAGGAGCCAUUGUGAAUAUUGGAUCUGGAGCAGCCAUUGUUGUGCCUUCCCAUCCUCUUUUUACAAUCUAUGCUGCUACAAAAGCUUAUAUUGACAAGUUAUCAAAAUCUCUAGAUGUGGAAUACAAGCAUUAUGGAAUUGACGUGCAAUGUCAGGUACCAUUAUAUGUUGCGACAAAAAUGGUGUCCAAAGUAGCUGCAAUUGAGAGAUCAUCGUUGUUUAUACCCUUGGCAGACGAUUAUGCAGAAGCUGCAGUUCGCCAAAUUGGGUAUGAAGCACGGUGUACUCCCUACUGGGCUCACUCACUACAAUGGUGCUUUGCUCGCUUGCUUCCGGAGCCUCUUCUUGAUUCUUGGCGUCUUUCUAUUGGUAUUCAGAGGAGGGGACAAAUCAUUGCAUGAAGGAAUUUUCUGUCUUACUUUGUCAAUGGCGUUGAACAAUUAUAUGCAAUUUCUUUUUCUUUGAAGAAUAUGCAAAAAUAUUAUUGAAGUUUGUGGAUGUUACAGAUCGAAAUAUAGCAUAAUUACAAAUA